AUGGCAGGGCGCAGUGGCGAAUGUUUGGAGAGCUCGGCGGCGGCCUUGAUUCCUGCCGCACAUCGCACCAGCAGCUCGGGGUCAAGUGAGCUCGACGCUGCGCUCAGCUGCGGUGGUAACAGUGACGACACCACUGGUGGCAGCAGCAGCAACAAUGGCAGCGAG